CAAAAUCAGUUUCAUCAAAUUAUAGUGUCUGCUUUCUGUAUAAAGUAAUUCUCACUGCCAACGCGCGUAUCGCCGUAUACAGAAUACAGCACGCAUACGUUGAACGGAUACACGGAUACAGACUACGGAGUACAUGCACAUAUUGCACCGGUUGAACAUUCCGCGCUAUUACUGUAACCCACAAUUAAUGAUCUACACUUGCAGUAUCUGCACAGCUGUAAUUCAAAUUCUGUUGCCAGCUCUUCCAGUCCCAGAUUCUACGACAACACACUACAGGAUGCUCGCACGCUUCCGGUGAAACGGUAUAACUGAUUAUAAAUUCACUGGUUUGGCAGCCUGGUUGUCGGCAGCCAGCUCAUAUUCAGCUUCGUCAUCCCCCUAUCCUUUCCUUUCGCCAGCAUGAUCCUUUCAUGGUAUCUUGUGGUCAAUAUCAUGGGAAUCUUCCACACAGUGCAUGGUGCGGGGUAUCUGUACGGGCCGAGCUUCUCGCCUUUGGCGUCCAGCGGCAUGGGUGCCUACAUGCAUCCCAGUUACCGCUACGGCUAUCCCAGUCCCAUGUUCAGCGGGAUGGGAAUGGGGCCCAUGGGAGUGGGAGGAAGCAUGGAUGCGCCCGGCUUUCUGGCCAUGGGUAUGGUCAAUCCGCUCCUCGGCGACUGGACGGCCAAGAAUUCCGCCUUUGGACUGGGAUAUGGUUUUCCUAUGUAUGGUUAGCACUGCAGACUACUGUCAACAAACCCGUUCGACUGCUUGAGCGACAACUAGUGUUUUGCGGCCUUUGAGCGCGGACAUUUGGAAAAGUCUGCGCCACGCGCCACUCAACGCAGGAAGCCUAAAUAAAUUUUUAGAGGACAAGUGGUUUUUAUCUUCUUGAGUCGAAUCGCUAUGAACGUCACUCACUACUCAGUAGUAUCUCGUUGAACACAGUAGUUGAACAGUGCAUGUAAUCAUUCUAAUCAUGAAUCAUCUUUCUACCUUUUUUUUAUUUCACGAUAAAGUCCAGUCAAUGCAAAGCGAUAAGUUAAAAAUCGGUCUUAAUCACCCUUCAGAAUUUGUUGUGCGUAUAAAGCAUCCCAGCAAGCGAACUGCGAUAUGUACCAAGUUGCACAAUCCUGCCGUCCAGAAACAGUUACAGAAAAAGGAUCUUGAAAGAAAGCAUAAUUUUGCCGUCAGCUAAAGUACUGUGUUAUCUGUAGUGCACAAUCAAACAUGCAGAAACAGGUGCGGCGUAAAACUGAACUAGUAAUUUUCCAGCAUCGGCGUCUCCCGUGAAAUCUCCAUAUCUCCGGAAUAUACGAGUAUCAUGCGGACCCUCGA